AUGGCUUCAGGUGGGGGGUUUUCAUACAAACCUAAUGUUAAUCGAAAUGUAACAAAGAAGUGGCGCGAUGCUGCGCGUCCGACCUACGACGACGAUGACGAGUGGGGCGAUGAUGGCUAUGGCACAUAUAACGAGCCGCCACCACCUGUGCCUGCACCAGCGCAGAGACCUGGCUGGGGAGGUCAAAUGCCGCCACCCAAUCGCAGCUUCACUAACCCCUCUCCUCCACGUUCGACAGGGCGCCAGUCUUUCGAUCAUGGUGAUGAUAGGCGGUACGUGUCGAUGGGCGGUGGCUUUGGUGAAUCGCCAUAUCCAAGCACUCAACGCCCCCCGUUUCCUGAACCUCAGCACGACGAGGCACAGCAGCAACGCUUUUAUGCCCAGCAUCCCGUGCUUAAUGUCAACACCCAAGGUCAGGGUCCAUAUCCACCGGCCUUCCGUCCUAGCUCACGAGGACAAAAUCAUGGAGAAGCCCCGUUUUCGGCUCCGGGAAGUUACCAGCGCUCUCACUCGGGGAGCCGCUCCAGCCCUGGCCUUGCCCCAGUUCCAGGUGGCUUCCAACCACGCCAAGGUAGUCCAGCUCGGCCUGACAGUCGCUCCUCAAAUACUUCGGGCAGAUUCCAUCCGCCCAGGAAGAGUAGUCUGAGCCAAGAACAACCACCACCUCUUCCCCAAACUGCACCAAACGUAGAGUCGGAGGAAUCUCCCGCGACCACCCAGGCCGCGCCUGCCAAACCAUUGCCUUUCAUUCGGCCGGCAGACAUCUACAAACGCUUCGAAGAGCAGAAGGAAAAGGAACGGCGAUCCAUGGACUCACAACGACCCAGCCUCGAACUGGACACUACAAGAAGUCGAGACAGUUCAACAAGUGCUAAGACCGCGACUUCUGACAACAAAGAGACCGCGCACGAGGAUUCAGAUAGCGCCAGGAGACUGAAGCCAACACUCGAUACUGUUGUCGAGAGGAAGAGCGAGUAUGGAUUCGACAACCUGAUCAAAGGCGCAGAUUCCACUCACCCAUCACAGCAGAGGGCACAACAGGGGGAUGGUGUUCACCGUCAGGAUACAAACGCUUCUUCAGUCUAUACGGAUCGGCCAGAUCCGGUGUCGGCCUCUACAGCUGAUGAAGACCACCACAGUGCAGAACCUUCGUCUGCCUUUUCGUUUCAGUCAUCUCUACCGGCACUAGGAAGGCAGUCUGUAUUUGACCCAGAGCUAACACCAGCACCAACUCAAAGCAAGUCCGUGCUUCCUACGCCUACCGCCGCGGAGCAAACGUCCUCAACAUCUGCGGCCAAUAAGUCCAUCGACAAACCCGACACGAGCAACCUUGACCACAAGCCAUCGUUCGGCUAUAGGUCGGUUGUACAGCAAGCCUUUGACGACAGUCAGAAUCGCCGACCUGCUUCACCAACAUCUACCUCCGAGACUCUGCCUCGCUCGAAUAGUGCCAGCACUUCUGAACUGAGCCCGAUUAUCAGCAGGAAGCCUGACCAAUUCAAUGGACAGUCACAACCAAAUGUCACUGAGCAGCCUAUCCCCGAAGAGCCGUCUUCAGGCACUUCGAACAGGCCAUUGUCAGAGUCGACUAUCAAGGGGCAGCAAGGAGUGCUUCCAGACUCAUCAAUGCCAGGGUCUACGGUGAUUCAACCAGGGUAUCGUCGAGAUGUCACAUCACCCAGCCGUGGUGCCAAUAGUCCAGCUCGGCAAGCAGAUAUCCGGACAUCCACUGAAAUGCAGCCACAGCAAGGUGUGCUUACGACCGCACAGUCACAGGAUGCUGACCGAGGAAGACCUAGGCAGCCUUCUGGGGAUACCCUGACGUCCCCAGGCAGUGCCAGUCAAGCCUCGGGCGUUUCUGAAGAAUACAAGCAGUGGCAAGCCCAGUCAAAUCAAUUCAAUACGAGGCUCGAUCUCGACGGUACACCUGCUACACCGGCAAUCAAUUCUGCCAUAGCGCGUGCUGAAAGCCCACCCAAAGGUACCGUCAGGGGUUUGACAGGGAAAUACGAGAACAACAACUCGGGGCGAUCAACUCCAGUCUCUGUAGCUCCCACCGACACUUCUACGAAAGAAGCGCGGCCGGCGCCACACGAGCGACUCGAAAGCUUUCGUCCAUCACUUCCUGGUGGGUGGCAAUCCUAUUCUGGCACUCCAGGAGUCGAAACACCACCAACAGAGCAAGCUCGACCACCUCCUAUGCUUGGUCAGCAGUCAUAUGAUAGUACCGAUAGCAUUCCAACCGCAAAAGCCCCCCAAGGCUGGCGCCAAGGUCCUGCGAAUGCGGCUUUUGCUGCAGCUGCAGCUGCAGGCACUGCACUUGCUGGCUCGUUCAAUGGCCCAGCUCUGACCGACCGCCGACCCGAGAACUCGGAUGACGAGAGCGAAAAUGAGUGGGAUCAAUCAAGCACUUCCAGUCAUGCUGAGGCUACUCGUUCAGACACGCGUGAUUUCGCCGCGACACAACCACAGCCACCUACCACCUCCAGAUCAGUCCCCCAGCGUCCAGAAUCGUCGAACCAUUCGUACCAUUCGUACGAUACCACGCCAUCGGACGUUGGCAACCAAACCCCGGCCGACACAGAGGCUGCCGCAGCCAACACGGAUUACUUCCCCGCUCCACUACGGACAAGCAAGAUCAUUGAUCCCGGAACGACCCCACGACCACCGGUUCCCAACGUGCGCCCCCUCGGAGAGUCGCCCAUUCAUAGCAAUAAUGAAGAGCUUCAGCAGGAAAUCGUGAAAAGCCUGACCCCCCGGUCCUCCAACUUCGAGGGCCAGCCAAGCGAAGAAGCGGUCUCGAAACCACUGCCAAUGUCUCCGGCGGUGGACAAGCAGCCAUCCACCACGCUAGACGCGCGAGAAUCAGAAGACAUGUAUGGGGGGGGUUCAGGUCAGCGGUCACCUGUGUCCACUGCCAUACCGCAGCUUAGAUCCAGCCCAGGUCAUCAGCCACAGUAUUCUGCAAGCUCGAUGGGAUCUGGUCCUCCGCGCCCAUUCCUUGAACAGCGUUUCUCGUGGGAGACGGACCCGAAAGUCCCGGACCCCACCGCCGGCGUAAGUAGCACAGCUAGGACAGGGUCAUCCACGCCGCCCACAGUUGCUAGCCCGGCUGCUGAGUCUCCCGAGACGAUCAAGGCCUUUGAGUCGACUGCGCGAGAUGCCAGCGGCACCUCAUCAUCUAUACCUACUGCUGCCCCGAGAUCAGACGCAUAUGGAACACACACUACUGAUCAGCCAAUUCAAGCACUAGGUGCAAGCAGUUUGGGAACAGACGAACCUAUUACCCAGCCGCUCCCAGCAGCUACUGCUGCUAGUCCAACGGAUUUCAAGUCGUUCCGGGAGAUCAUGAACAUCAGCGAUCAGGACGACCGCAUCAAAGCCUUUGAAGACAACAGAAUAGCAUAUGGCCGAUCUGAUGGUAUGCUCGAUCAGUGGAUACACUCUUUGGAGGAAGUUCCCGAGCAUGCGAACAUCUUCCAGUCAAACGGGCGUAUGUGGAAAGACACAGGUGCUAGUUACAACACCUCACGUCUCCCAUCGAAUCGUCCCAUGGCUAGCAUCACUGGCUCUAAGAUCGUGCAGGAGGAUGGGAAGCGGUUGAUGGCUGCUGCUGGCCGUUUCGGAGGGAAGGCAGGCGUUGCGGCAAAGGGAUUGUUCGCGAAAGGCAAAGAUAAGCUGCGCUCGGCGAGCACCAGCGACAAGAGCCCUCAAAGCAAACGCAGAUCUGGUGGUCUGUCAUCCUCCACAAUUGCCGAAGAGUCUGAGUCAAAACGAAAUUUCACAUUCCUCAAUGCCCCUCAAAUUCCCGCACAAGACUUGCACUCUUCGCCUAUUGAGGGAAAUGCCUGGUUCGGUUCUGAUCCCGAUGAGACAGCAGAAUCAUCAACCGGGGAACAUCCUGUGGCAGCUAAACAAUCGAAGACAUCGAUGAAUGACAGGGCUCGUCACACCGACAGGAAUGUGGCUGGACCUAUCACAGCACAGCAGGAGUCGACGAUGCGCAACCAGCCAGCCGGAGAUCGAAAGGACAGCAUCGAACCCAUGCCUGCUGGAACAGUACCCGUCGUGCAAGUUCCUAGUGGCUCAGGGGACGAGCCCAAAAAUCCUACUGAUGAGGACACAACUCCUACUACAGAUAAUCAGGCAGCGCCAACCAAGGCCGCAAACGAAAAUCUGCGCGAGCGUCCGGUAUCAGAUUUGACAGACAAUGGCUCAGUCGGUGAAGGUCAAACUCAGCUUCAACCCUCUCAAGCCCUUGCAGCAACAGAUGACAGGCGCCAUUCAAGUGUAUCAGCGGUGUCCAGCGCCAGUCCAGGCCCAGCCGAUGGCUCCCAACCGGACCUUGCGCAUCGCAGCAUCUCCCCAGCGGGAAAUGAGAAACUGCAUGAUGAGCGUGCGCCAGACUAUGAGGAGACCGCUCCAGACGCCACAGGUGUGUCUAAAUCAUUCACGAAAGAUGAGGAGGCUGCGCAGGAACGUGCUGCUGUAGAAGACCAGAACGACCCCGUUCCUUCGUAUGAAGAGACCCCUGCGCAUAGUGGCCAACAACAGCGCAUCGGCCCCGGCGCGAAGAUUGUACCUGUGGCGAAUUUGACCGAACAAAGACGGACUGAACCUGUCGCUGUGUCAAACCGGCCCUUUUCAUUUGAAGGGUCUGGUGACUUCCAGAAUGUGCAGGACGCUUACGAAAGAAGUCAGCAAAAUGGCAACGCGCCAUCGCAUCCAAUGAGUCCGGUGGGCCAACCGGCCAGCAAAGACUUGUCCCAAGUCAGUGUCGACGAUGUACACCAAGAGCAGGUCCCGAAACAGAAUCGUCAGUCGAAGUCGUACUCUAGACCAUUUGGCGCGGACUUGUUAGGUGAGCACCCCGUAUUCAGGCCAUCAGAUCAGCCGGUCGAUCGCAGUCAAAUGUACUCUUCCGAAGCUCCGCUCAGAAACGUUCAAAAUCCAGAAGACGAGGCUGUGCGCUGUCAGCAGCAGAAAGCGCUCGCAGAAGAGGGUGGAUAUCGUAUUCCCGGACCAUAUCACCAAGAGUUCCGAUCUCCGAAGCCGAGACAACGAGGCACGUCCUCGCCAACAGCGGCGUAUAUAAGACAGCCAUCUUCACCACCCUCCCGUGAUGGACUACCAACCGGCGCUCAGCCUCAAGCGAGCCCGCAAACGCAAUUCGUGCCGCAGCAUCCCUCGAACAUGCAGCAGCACCAGCAGGAUGGUGCGUGGCCCGGGGCAGCCUCCGCGCAGCCAAAGGUAAAGAAGACACCGUUUGGUGCUUUCCUUUUUGGCAAGUCAAAACCUACACCUGCUCCAGCACAGACCCAGCACCGUGGGCGUAGUGAUUACGUCGACCCAGAGAAGCGGCCAAACUUGUACACCACAGACAGUCGGCAAGAUAGUAUCGUAUCUGGACAGAGCAGUCUCAGCGAGUCUAGAGACGUUGUCGGCCAGCUACCACCCCUGGACAAGUCUAAAAGACGCAUGUCUCGCGACCUACUAAAGAAGGGGAGUCCCGCUUCCACGGCUGAGAAGCCCCAGGAUGGUAAGAAGAAGAAGAGAUUCUCAGCCAUGGGCAAUCUAUUUUCACGCAGCGACAAGUCCGAGAAGACACAGCCACCGCAGCGGUCUACGACACUGCCGUCAAACUCAGCGCAGCCCGACCGAGGCCAGUACUUGCAAUCUCAGCAACAGUUCCAAAAUUCCAGAUACCAUGAUCCCAGAUAUCCGCAAGACCAGUUUUCGGGCAGUCCUCCUCCAGCAGGCGGCUACUACGGCUCUCCUCAACAUCAAGAGCAAGAUUAUGUGAACUACAACCCAUCCUUCCGAAGCCAAGGGUCGUACUCACAGCAUGGCUACCCAGUCAACUCACCACAAGGUUACGAAUCACGCCCCUCAGACCUCCGGAUUGACACCUCGGGUCAGGGCCGACACAUCGGGCACGAUCCCGCCACCGCCCCUCCACAGCCCACGAACGCUCGGAACAAUUCUCAUCAAAACACUGGCACUUAUUCGUCCGCCAACACUCACUCUAACACGGGUAGCUACCUGCCACCAACGACUCGGGCGCCAAUCUUUGCGGCCGCUGGCCAAAGCGGCAUCGAUCCUCAUGUCGUGUCACUACAUAAGCGCUCGCGAUCGCCGACCAUGGAUCGCCACAACACGUCCCCUGAACACGAUGAACGGGUGUCGGACAACCUUGCGCCGCCGACGUCGAACCGAGGAAGCGGCGGCACACCUGUUGAGGGCCUCGGUACCUUCUCAAACAAGAGAAUCAGCCCCGUGGGCGGCAUUCCACGCAGCAGUGAGGAGCAGGAGGCGCCUUUCAAGAUCGGGAUUCCCGGCGAAGAAGACCAGCGUCGACGCACGAGACAGUUGAUGAUCGAGCAAGGCCGUUUCCGGGACUUGAACUCUGCGCAGGCGGCAGGUCCAGCAUCGCCUUCCGGACUUGCCGGUGCGGGUGCCUCGCAAGGUGGCGAUCAACGAACGGUCGCGGAAAGGAUGAUGAACCCUGGCGGUGUACAUGACAAGGCACCAAAUGCGGCGAGCGCGGCGAGAGCGCCCAUGUCGCGUCACGGGGCGGGUACGCGAGAGAGCAGCGUGAAACAGGCGCCGGGAUCGGUGGCGGAGCUGCCGGGCAGUAAGGCCGAUGGUUACGAGAGUGAAGAGGAGAUUACCAUGAGUGCGACGGUGCGCCCUGGGGAUUGGGAUUGGCAGAUGCCCGUCUUUGUGGAUGAUACGAAGUAG